UCUCCAUCACUCUGUUAAAAGCUUAUCAACUUUUCUCUCUCUCUCUGGCGAAUAUGCUUUCUUGGAAAGUUCUCCUCGUCUCCGCCGCCGUCUUGUUCGCGGCGUUAGGCCUCAGAGUCUCUCUUCCAGUCGCCGCCACCAACCUCCCUCUUCUUUGGAGUUUCUUCCUCUUGUGUUUCAAGCCUCCUUACCUCUUCGUUGUUCUCAACGCCAUCAUCAUCUCCAUCGUCGCUUCUUCACGGUUUCAUCACUCAUCAAACCCUCAAUCUCCGGAGCCAACUCCUCCACGUGUUGAAUCCAUGCCCGCUCCCACCGUUCCAGAACCACCGCUUUUCCAAGUAAAAGCCGUUCUCGAAGUGGAGAAGAAAGUAAUCGAAGAAGAUGUUGUGGCACUAAAGAGAAAAGACUCGACGGAGAUUCCAUCGCCGGAGGAGAAGCCACUGGUGUCUGCUAGGUUCACUCACCGGAAAUUCCUUAAAUCCAGUUCAGAAGGUGGGAGAGCGUUGAGAGUGGUGGCUAAGGCAAAACGGGACGAGACGUUGGAGAGCACGUGGAAGGCCAUAACGGAGGGUCGAUCAAUGCCAUUGAGCAGGCACAUGAAGAAGUCCGACAUGUGGCACAACCGCAACGUGACCCCACAACCCCAAGAGACAUUCAACGAUGCACUGAGUGUGUCGUCCGGGAGGCUGCGGAAAGAACCCUCGCUGAGUCAAGACGAGUUGAAUCGUCGCGUCGAAGCCUUCAUACAAAAGUUCAACCAAGAGAUGAGGCUGCAAAGACAACAAUCCUUAGAACAGUACAUGCAGAUGAUUAACCGCGGUGCCGCUUAAUCUCAACCUCAACAUAAUCAAUAUUUUCAUUUUACAGAACAAAAAAACAUAUAUAGUGUAAGUAUUUCUGCAGGUGUAGACAGUAGGGGUAUUUAUUUUAUUGCCAUAUAUUAGUUUAUGGUUGGGUUAGGCUCAUCAUCAUUAUUUCUUUAAUUUGUUUGUUUUGUGCCUUUAUAUGCUCCACAUACCAAAAAUGUGGUUCAUGUUCAAUAUCAAUUAGCUAGCUAGCUAGAAAACAAACACACCAAAAAAACACUUCGGGGAACUUAGGAUUAAUGUUGUUCCUCUUUGUAAUUUUUCGGGGUCAUUUUUUUUAGUCAAACCUCUUUCUCUGUAAUUAAUACCAUGAAUGUAAGCCUGUAACGUUUAGUUUGCUAUUCUAUUUCUUUGCUCUCAUUUUUAA